CAACAUACCUCGAGCUUGUCCUGCCUUUCCUCUCGUGCGGUUAACUCGAUCCUGGAGGAGCUUAACCCCGACCCUGACCAGUACAAGCAUGCUCCGAACAAGCAUGCUCGAGAAGUCUCCUCCGGCCACUACGUGCUAGUGCAUCCUACUCCUCUGCCUCUCCCGAAGCUCAUAGCAUACAGCGAAGACACGCUGCGCUUGAUUGGUCUGAAGCCUUCAGACGCGGAGCAGGAGGAGUUUGCGGCCCUCUUUGGCGGGGACGUGCGAGCUGUUCCGGGAUUUCUCUCCACGUGGGCAACUCCUUACGCUCUCUCGAUCUAUGGGGAAGAAAUCAUCCCAGACGGAGCAGGAAGGAGCGGCAAUGGGUACGGGGAUGGUCGGGCGAUCUCCCUUGCAGAGGUUGAGGAUGAGCUCUCUGGAAGGUGGGAGCUACAACUUAAGGGAGCUGGGCGAACUCCGUUCUGCAGGGGAGGAGACGGGAGAGCAGUUCUCAGAUCCAGCAUACGAGAGUUUCUUGCAUCGGAGGCCAUGCAUGCUCUCGGAGUGCCGACGACGCGAGCUCUUUGUCUCGUCGUCUCGGGCACAGAGCAAGUGAGACGCCCAUGGUACCGAGACGCCCUCGAGGCCGCGGACGCCAACGGUUUCAUCAACAAGCACGGGGGUAAUGUUCUGCAGGCAGAACAGUGUGCCAUCACCACGAGAGUCGCCCGCUCUUUCAUCCGAGUCAGUCAGUUCGAGCUGUACGGCCGGAGGGCGAGAGGAGGGGACGAGAGGGCCAGGGAGGAGCUGCGCAAGCUGGUGAUGCACACGAUCGGCAGGGAGUUCUCGCACCUAAAGAGUGAGAGCAUGGAGGGCUCCAUGCUCGUUCAGAUGGUUCGCGAGGUCGGAGAGCGACUGGCGCACAUGGCGGCUGAAUGGAUUCGGGUGGGAUACACGCAGAGCAACUUUAACUCAGACAACUGCCUGGUGAGCGGCACGACCAUGGACUAUGGACCCUUCGGCUUCAUCGAGAGAUACGAUCCUUCCUGGGGCAUGUGGAUCGGAGCUGGUGAUCACUUUUCCUUCCUCAAUCAGCCCAACGCUGCGGGGAGGAACUUUGAGAGCUUCGCCAAGAGCUUGUAUCCUUUGCUCGGGCACGAGGAGGCCACAAGUGUGCAGGCGAUCAUCAAGAACUUCACGUCAGUCGCGCAGAAGUAUCUUCAUGACAUGUUUGCAAGGAAGAUGGGGCUGACGAGGCGGGCUGAGAGGCUUUGGACUAGCCUAGAGAGGUUCUUGACUAGACAUCCCACAGACUACACCAUUUUCUGGAGGCAGCUCUCGCUCGCCCCUCGCAUGCUUGCUGGCGCCAACAGCAGCAUGCCGUUGCAAGAGCAAAGAGACGCGGUGCUCCAAGUGCUGGAGCCGUCGUGGUACCGAGAGCUGGCUGGAGAGACCAAGGAGGAGCUCAUCCGAUGGAUCGAUCGUUGGCUCGAAGCCCUCCGGGAGGAGGGAAGAGAUCGGGAGGAGGUCAGCAGAGAGAUGCUUCAGGUCAACCCAAAGUAUAUCCCGCGCGAGUGGAUGCUUGCUGAGGCGUACCAGCAUGCCCAGGGGGGGGACAUGGGCCCGCUGAAGGACUUGAUGGACCUGUUUGCCCAUCCCUACAGCGAG